AUGAUGGAUGAUGACACUGAGUUGAGGACUGAUGGAAACUCUCUCUUAAAAGCUGUGUGGCUAGGGAGGCUUCGGUUGACCAGACUCCUCUUAGAAGGGGGAGCUUACAUCAAUGAAAGCAAUGACAAAGGAGAAACAGCUCUCAUGGUAGCCUGCAUUACCAAACACGUGGACCAGCAAAGCAUUAGCAAAUCUAAGAUGGUAAAGUAUCUGUUGGACAACAGGGCGGACCCCAAUAUCCAGGAUAAGUCUGGUAAGACUGCACUCAUCCAUGCUUGCAUCAGAAGGGCUGGGGGAGAAGUGGUGUCCUUACUGCUGGAGAAUGGAGCAGACCCCAGCCUUGAGGAUCGAACUGGGGCCUCGGCUCUGGUUUAUGCAAUAAAUGCAGAUGACAAGGAUGCACUGAAGCAUCUCCUUGAUGCCUGCAAAGCCAAAGGUAAGGAAGUGAUUAUUAUAACAACAGACAAAUCAUCUUCAGGAACCAAAACCACCAAGCAGUAUCUCAAUGUCCCUCCAUCGCCCAAAGUGAAAGAUAGACAGUCUCCACCACUGUGUGCAACUCCUUCUGAUGUUGAACUGAAGGCUUCUGGCCUGGGUUCUCCACCCAGUGGGAAGAAUGAUGACUUCUUCGUCCUGCAAACAGGACACCAAAGUGGCUGCAGUACUUCUAAGGUCCUUAAUGAGCCUGGAUCACCCACGAGGAAAGUGUCUAGCCUCAAAAGGGCUCGUUUGCCCCAACUGAAGCGACUCCAGUCUGAACCCUGGGGCUUGAUUGCUCCCUCUGUGCUGGCUGCUGCCACACGCCAGGAUGAGACCCACGGCACAAGCACAGACAAUGAGGUCAUCAGGAGCAUCAAUGACAUGACCUUCCCUAAAAGGGGGCCCCUCUCCAGAGCCAGCAGCAUUGACAGUAAAGACCCUACUCUCUUCCCCACAGUCCAGGAACAAGUUCUGAAGGUUUUACCUUCAACAGCAGCUUCCUGGAAAGCAGCUUAUGAGAAAGGCCAGGCUCCCCAUCCACGCCUGGUCAGGAGAGGAACGCUUCCUGUUGACCAAGAGAAGGGUGGGAUGUGUCCACCAGCACCCUCAACUCUGAAAGACCCAGCAUCUCUCAAGCUGUUGGAAAAGGAUCUCUAUGACUUAGACAUACAGCCAGGGGGUGACCCACCCAACUCUAUGUCCCUUGAGACAGGCAAAGGAUCUUUAGAUAGAAAGAAGCUCACCAGCUCCCACCUGUCCCUUUUCCACGGCUCCCGGGAGUCUCUGGAUGCUGUACCAAGCACCUCUCCCAGCUCAGUUCGCCGCAGGCCACCUCAUCUUCUAGAAAGAAGAGGUUCUGGAACUCUCUUACUCGACCGCAUUGCUCACACGAGGCCUGGCUUUCUGCCCCCUUUAAAUGUGAAUUUAAAUCCACCUAUCCCAGAUAUUAGAGCCAGCAGCAAACCAGCUUCCCCACUGGCUAGUGGCUUAAAGUCUAUGGUUCCUGUUACUCCAAAUUCACCAAAGAGAGUUGACUUGAGAAGUAAAAAGAAACUCCUUCGAAGGCAUUCUAUGCAGAUUGAGCAGAUGAAGCAGCUGUCUGACUUUGAAGAAAUCAUGGCUUAG